AUGUCAGAUUCCAACACAACUGACUUCACCAACCCCUCCACCUUCAUCCUGCUGGGCAUUCCUGGCUUGGAGGUGGCCCAUCUGUGGAUCUCCAUCCCCUUCUCUGCAAUGUACACCAUAGCCGUCUUGCGGAACUUCUCCAUAGUGUUCAUCGUGAAGAGGGAACCGAGCCUCCAUGAGCCCAUGUACUAUUUCCUCUGCAUGCUGGCUGUCACCGACCUGAUCCUGUCCAAGUCCAUCUUGCCCAAAACGCUGAGCAUCUUCUGGUUCAAUUCCAGGGAGAUCGAUUUCAGUGCCUGCCUCACCAUGUACUUCAUUCACUGCUUUGCAGGGAUGGGGUCUGCGAUCUUCGUGGACGUGGCUUUGGAUCACUACAUGGCCAUCUACCAUCCCCUGAAACAUUCCACCAUCCUGACAAACCCUGUGGUAGCCAAGAUUGGCCGGGCCAUGGUUCUGCGCAGCAGCAUAUUUGUACUGCUCUAUCCCAUCCUGGCAAGGCAAUGGACAUACUGCAGAAUCACCAUCAUCCCCCACACAUACUGCGAGCACAUGGCCAUCAUGAAGCAGGCCUGCGCUAACAUUCGCGUCAGUAUUUACUACGGCCUCUUUUUGAUAGUCUCUGGGAUGGGUCCGGAUAUGCUUUUUAUCACUGUGUCCUAUAUCCAGAUCCUCAGGGCCAUCUUCAGCCACCCCAGAAAGGACUCUUGGCUCAAGACUUUUGGGACUUGCAUCUCCCACCUCUGUGCCAUCUUAACCUUUUACGUCCCAGCUCUCUUCUCUUUCCUCAGACAGCGGUUUGGCUGCAAUGUGUCCCUGUAUUUCCACGUUCUCAUGGCCAACAUGUGCCUCCUGGUGCCCCCCAUGCUAAACCCCAUCAUUUACGGGGUGAGGACCAAACAGAUCCGGGAUAGGCUGCUCUGGCUCUUUACUCAUAAAGGUAUCUAA